AUGGUCCAGAGUCAUAAGUCCGUCAGUGAACUGUUAACGAUAGUUCGUGGCUAUUUUCAUGAGGUGCAAGGUGAACUUUACGUAGCUCUUUCUGGCAUUCCAAGCGAUUUUUUAACUGGCCAGUUUGAUUUGAAUGAUACGUGCACAUUUGAUGAUGUGGUUGAUAAUCUAAUCACUGAAGGUGUUUGUGGAGUUAGUGGGGUGAGCGGAGAUAGUGGGAAGGUUGGUGAUAGUGAGAAGGGUGGUAAUAGUAAGAAGGGUGGUGAUAGUGAGAAGGGUGGUGAUAGUGAGAAGAGUGGUGAUAGUGAGAAGGGUGGUGAUAGAGGGAAGGGUGGUAAUUGUGAGAAGGGUGGUGAUAGAGGGAAGGGUGGUGAUAGAGGGAAGGGUGGUGAUAGUGAGAAGGGUGGUGAUAGAGGGAAGGGUGGUGAUAGUGGGAUAGGUGGAGAUGGUGCGACAUUUGGAAACACUGAAGUAGACGGAUAUAGGAGGAUGGCUGGGAUUGGAGAUGUUGCUGAUCAUGACGAUAACAUUCAUGACAAUAACAUAGUUCCUUCUUUGGAUUCACCCGUCUUUCCAGCGGAGAUAUUUGAAAUGAUAAUCAAUUCCGCAAUACAUAAGGACAUUCAUUUGGUCCAGUCUAUCUCCUUAGUUUCGAAGACUUUUGCAUACUUUGCAAAUAAACAAACGAAUAUAGGCAAAUCGUGUAAUACUAUGAAAAAAAUGUGGAGUUUAUGUCAGCCAUUGUAUAUAAGAGACAAUUUGGUCGAUGCACUUGGCAAAGUUACCGUGAGUAUUUCUGUUCAGAAAUUGUUGAAAGCUAGUGGCAUUAAUUCUGGCCUUUCUAUGUCUGUCAAACAGUUUAUGACAGUCCAUCGCGGUUGGUGGCGCGCUUGGCUAACGCUUGUCAUCAUUCCAGGUCGUUUCGGAUGGUACAAGGUGAAAGAUAUUUUCUGGAGGUGA